UUCAACGUAUAGUCUGUCCACGAGCGCGACACGGUGCGAGCGCGUAUUCGGUAUUUGAAUAUUUGAAUUUUCGUACGCGUUCGAUUUUUCUAAACUCGAUUUCAGCGCUAAAGUAAGAGAUCUUGUGCUUGUGUUUAUUCAAAAAAUAUUAGAGUUGAUGAUUUUCGAUUGAUAAAAAAAUGGCUUCAGUGUGGUUUACAGUGGUUAUUUUGAUUUCAAUUCAACAAGUUAUCGCAAUAUACCGCGAUUGUGGCGAAUUUCAGAAUUUGAAAAACUGCAACGAUUGUAUCCGAUGUGGCGGACACUGGUGCAAUGAUCCAAAUGAAGUACAACGAUGUUCGAAAGACACUCCCGACACUUGGUGUAAAGGCAAGGUAGAAAAACUGCCAGCACUGACGAGGGCAGAAGAGAAGGGGUCAAUCUUGAACCCCAAGUACAUCCUACAGACCCUCGAAAUCGGGAGUCGUGCCAGUUUGAACUUCACUUUCCCAUCGAAAACUAAUGAGCAAAAGGUGGAAUAUGUCGUUAAUUCGACACAAAACUCCGACUUUCAAGUAACGAAGCAAACUUAUUGCCAAGGGGAGACCUGUACUACUGCGAUCGGGGCAGCACCCGAGUCAACCUUCUGCGCCGCGGACGGCGGAACAUAUGAGUUCUUCCACGUUAAAGUAUCAAUUGAUGGAAUUCCUGAUAGUUCAGUGAUAAAGUUCCACGUCCCUUGCGCUUGCACAUGCAGCGAAGCAGUUGAGGCGCAGUCUCCAAAAUGUAAUAGAAGAGGAAGUUAUUCGUGUGGAGUUUGCACGUGUCAAGCUGGAUGGACAGGCCCCUUCUGCGAACAGCCCAUUUGCGAAAAGAAACGAGGUGACGUUCCUUGCACAGACUUCCAACGAAGUAAUACGGAGUGUUCAGGCAACGGAGUAUGCGGUCCCUGCGACCAGUGCGAAUGCUUCACCGACAGAGAGGGUUCCAGAUACUUCGACCAAGACAACUAUUGCGCAGACAUUUGCAUGACGACCAACUACUGCGAUCAGUGCCUCGCCAGCCCACUACCCGGCCAGUGCCAAGACUGCCACUUCCCCUUAUUCCGGCUGCCAUACAACCAAACCCUCAUGACUUAUAAGGACGAUUUCAAUAGAAAGCUGUGGAUCAAAUGUAAUACCACGAUCAAUGAUUGUAAUAUCGAAUACGCAGCAAUGAGGGACAACAAUGGAGAAUCCUUUUACAUGAUCAUAAACAACUGUGAUCCGGUGACUGGCGAACAAAUCGUUGGCGGUGUUAGUGUGACGCUCCCAGUGGUUCUGGGCGUGAUAGCAAUGAUAGCAGUGGCUGCCGCGACCGCCGGGUACAUUAUCUGGAAGAACAGGACGCCGCCCAUGCCACUCACAGACCCCAUGUACCAGAACAUCGACGCUGAAGACUGCACUGGAGAGAACCCAUUGUACAAACCACCCACGUCAUCGUUCAAGAACCCUACAUAUGGGAAAUGGUAGCUUGGUUAUUAUUUGAAUAAUAAAGGAGCUUGGGGCCAAGGGGUCAACGGGAUACGAGUUGGGGACAGGACAAAACGGCCCCGUAUCCCGUAUCGCAACCCAUUCCAACACUGCCUGUGAUCAACACGGUAUGAUGAAGAAAUUGCAUUCGUCCGGUGUCAUCGUCGCAAAUUGUAACUACGUAUACUGUUAGUAAUAGUAGUAGGUAGCAGGUAUGUUCUGAUCGUUUAGAAACGGCCAACUCGUAUUUCACUUGGUUCUAUGUAAAAUUACGACAAACGCAAUAUUUAGUCGGAAAAACAGCUGACGUAAGCAUAGUGUGUCUAAUAAAAAAAAAUUAAAAGAUUUGAGACAUCAAUUGCAUGUCUAAGAUAAGCAAAUUCUAUAGGGUAUCUCUUGUUUUAGCUUUCGAGUGCUUUACCUAUACAAAAAUGUCAGCCUUUAUCUAUUAACUAUUUUCAUAGGGGUACAUAAGGUACCUACUAGUUGGUAAUUUCUAAACAAUCAGUGUAUAUAGUAAUAAUAGCGCGUUUUAUGUAAUGCCUCUGUGAUAUUUAAGAUGAUUAAGUAAUAAGUGUUUAAAUACUAGUGACUCAUGCGAGUCAUGGGUACGUUAUCGUAUAUUUUGAUUAGCAAUCUCGAAUAAUAAAAAAACUCGCGGUUGACGCACGGCGAAAUAUGUGACCUUAUGUAGAUGUUAUGUACGAUUUACACUUAUCGGCACGUGGCACACAACGGAUCUAAACCGGAAAAAUCGUAUUUAUCGUAGAGACAAAUAAUAAUUUAGUACUUACUGUCUAAGACUAAGGAUAAGGAAUAGUACAUUUUUCAGAUGUUAUUUAUUUAAUUUUAUACAACAGUUUUCCGAAUAACACAACAUUAAGUCAAGGUUUUCUUUAUUUCGGGCUUUGUGGUUUUAUGAAAAUGUUGCAGUUUUGAAUUACCUAUACCUAAUUAUGUACUCAGUGCGCUGGCCGCCUACAAAAUUACCAGUAAGACGAAUUCUACGCCUAGUAUGAGUAUUAAAAAUAUUAUCCGUGUUAGGUUGAGAUCUGUAGAGUGUAAAUCGUACAUUACAGUCACUGCCGUGUAUAGGAAAUGUAUAUAGGUAAAAUAGCAUUAGUUUUUAAGUGAUUUGUGAAUUCU